UUUACUGAUGGGAUCAGCUUCUUACUGAAAAAAUCAUAUAUUCUUGCUUAUUUGAGGGAUAGACAAGGUCUUCUCCCCAUUCAUAUGGCAGCGAGUCAAGGUCAUGUUGAUAUUAUUCAAUUAAUGGUCCAAGACCGGCCAGAUUCAAGGGAACAGCUCACUUUACAGGGCCAAAAUAUCCUCCACAUUGCUGCAAAAAGUGGAAAAUGCAGAGCACUUGAGCGUAUGCUCAAAAUGCCAGAACUAGAGAAACUUAUAAAUGAAAAAGAUGCAGAUGGAAACACCCCUUUACAUGUGGCUACAAUAUAUGGUCAUCCCAAGGUAGUGAGCAGUCUGACAUGGGACGAGCGUGUUAUCCUUCAGCUGGAAAACAAAGAUGGCCUAACUGCACUUGACAUUGCUGAGGAACAAAUGAAACCAUACAUGGCCUCAUUUCAGAAGCGUUUGACAUGGAUGGCCUUGAGAGUUGUGGGCGCUCCAAAAGCUCCCCAUUCUAAGUCUGUAACAGAUGUCAAUCUUAUGCUCGAAGAACAGCCAACAACAGAGAAUUACAGAGAUAAGGUUAAUGUGAUUCUGUUGGUAGCUACACUUGUGGCAACUGUGACCUUCUCUGCCGGUUUUGCAAUGCCAGGCGGUUACAAAAAUUCUGAUCCAAACCAAGGCAUUGCCAACAUGCUAGAAAAAGUCAAGUUUCAGGAGUUUGUUAUAUGUGAUUCUUUAGCAAUGUACAGCUCCAUUGCUGUGGCUGUUAUGCUCCUCUGGGCACAGUUGGGAGAUCAGAAGUCCAUGCACGUGGCCUUAAAGUUAGCAUUGCCACUGCUGGGGAUAGCACUUGCUAUGAUGUCAAUAGCAUUCAUGGCAGGAGUUUACCUGGUGGUCAGCAAACUCAAUUGGCUUGCCCAUUUUGUGUUGUUCAUGGGCUCGAACUUUGUCAUAGUGCUGGUACUGCUCUUCCUUCCACUCUGCUUUUUAGGUUCUUCGAACUAUCAUAGGUUUCGAUUCCUCUCCUAUUGUCCAUUCUGCUUGAUGCUGUAUGCACUGGGAAGCUAUGCAGAGAAUGAAGCUGCAGAAUAGAUGCAGUUCUUGUGGUUCUGUAAUCUGUUCACAGCCUCCGUUGAGGUCCUGUGAAUUCUCAGUUAGUGGACAGGUGUUGAGGCCAAUUAUGUGUUGGUCGACUAGUGUAUUUGGUUCAGUGGUUUGGCUCUAAGAGGAUUCCACUGAGAAAAGUCGCCAAAUCUGUAAGAUAAAUAAUGGGAUGUCUGCCAUGUAUUGGUUACAAGAAAUAGUUACAAGCAGAACAUCAAUUAUCUGUCAUUCUGUAAGAAGUGUAUAA